AGUUCACACCGCAGGAGACGGGGAGCAGUGACGUCACUUCUGGUCCAGCCCUGACUUGACUUCGCUUACUAGCAGUGUAUAUACUUAUAUAUAGGAGUGAUAUCAGUUUGUUAGAGUCCAGUCCCUGAAACAUCCAAGAUGCGUUUUUAAUGCACAUUUUCUUAUGCCAAAUAGAUAGUCUUGGAAAGAAGUUCACAAAGAUAACAGAAGAUGGAGAGAGACAUGAGGUCCAUGACCGAGAGUAUAUUAAACCUCACUUUGGAAAUCAUCUACUUACUGACCGGAGAGAAUUAUGUUCCCGCAAAGAAGUCCAGAAAGCGUGGAACUACCCCCAUGCACAUCCAGAUGUCGAGUGGACGAAAAAGGACACGUAAGGAAAGCAAUGAACCGAAAAUCCUAGAACUCACCAAUAGGAUCACUGAGCUACUGACUGGAGAGGUUCCUAUAAGGUGUCAGGAUGUCACUGUCUAUUUCUCCAUGGAGGAGUGGGAGUAUUUAGAAGGACACAAGGAUCUGUACAAGGACAUCAUGAUGGAUGACCCCCAGCCUCUUACAUCACCAUUGGGUAAGAGGAGAUGA